AUGAAUCUAACUACACUAAUCUGGAGCACUGAAAAAACAACAAUGAAUGAAAGUGACUACAUUGAAAAUGUAUUCUGUACCAACAUGGCCAAUAUCCUGAGUAUUCUCACUGUCACCAUUGCUGUGGUUGGACUGGCAGGAAAUGCCAUUGUGUUGUGGCUUCUGGGAGUCCAAAUGCACAGGAAUGCCUUCUCUGUCUAUGUCCUCAACCUUGCUGGGGCUGACUUCCUCUACCUUUGCUUUCAGACUGUGUGGUCCCUGGAUUAUAUCCUUUUACGGUUCCAUAUCAGCUACUUUGAUAUUCCCAUCUUUCUCUUCAAUGUAUUAAUCUUUGCUUACCUUGCAGGUGUGUGUAUGAUUGCAACCAUCAGUGUUGAGCGCUCUCUGUCUGUUUUGUAGCCCACCUGGUAUCACUGCAAAUGACCAAGACACACAUCAUCUAUUAUGUGUGCCCUGCUCUGGGCCCUCUCUCUACUGUUAAGCCUCCUGUUAGGGGAAGGCUGUGGCUUACUGCUUAGUUAUUAUGACUAUUCUUCCUGUAGGACUUAUAGUUUUAUCAUGGCUGUAUUUGUAAUAGUAUUAUUUGUGGCUCCAUGUGGAUCCAACCUGGCCCUCUUGGUCAGGAUCUGCUGUGGUUCACAGAGGAUUCCUGUGACCAGAUUGUAUGUGACCAUUGCAGUGACAGUGCUGGUCUUCUUACUCUUUGGUCUGCCCUAUGCUAUCUAUUUGUUCAUCUUAGAUUGGAUUGUGGAGUUGCAUAUAAUUUUUCCUUGUGGUGGUUAUGGAAUGACAACUUUCCUAUCCUGUGUUAACAGCAGUGCCAACCCCAUCAUUUACUUCCUUGUGGGCUCCAUUAGGCACCGAAAGCUGCAACGGAAGACUCUGAAGAUUCUGCUGCAGAAAGCCAUGCAGGACACUCCUGAGGAAGAAGGUGGAGAAAGAGGUUCUUCGGGAAAUCCUGGAGAGCAGGAAACAGUCUGGUGUAGUAGUUGA